ACAGUUACAACCUAAAUGUUGCCCCCCUCCCCACAGAUCGCCCUGCUAGCCUAUCUGGACAAGAGUUCGGAGGGCGCUGAGCUACUGAGUACUGUGACGCAGGCCCGUGUGGGGUACGAGCUGUUCCAGCGGGUCACCGGACAGGACCAGAUAGACAAGUACAAGAAAGAGUGUAUCCUUGCCAUUGCUGACUACUGCAAGAAACACCCAAAUGCCUCCAAGGAAGACCUGCGUAAGGAAGUGGGGAAACAGAUUGUCAUCUUCGCUGCCAGAGUCGACGCGCUCUAGUUCCCGACAUCUCAGGAAGCUGCUUCUAAUGUUGUGCCCUGAUUCUAUAUUGACUGACAUGUAUCAUUUUAAUCAUGUAUUUACAGUUAUGUAUAAAAUUAGAUGCUGGGGAUUUAGUGGUCCAAUAGAAAACAUGUAGCUAGGUAAAAGCAUCAGAGUGACACUGGUUGUUUUUACUUUGGAAAGACUGUAUACAUAUUGGCAGAUUUCAACAAAUGUUACAAUCAAAAACCUCUGUUACUAUAGUUCCUUGUUUUUACGGAAAUUCCAUCCUUACAAAAGUAGUGUACUGUUUCAAAUUAUUACUAAAGGUGUAUAGGAUUGUCAUAAAUUUGUACAGGCCGCCUGACGGGACAACUGAUAAAACGGAUAGUGAAUGUGAGUGUUAGUGUGAGUGUAUGUGAGAGUGUGUGUGUGUGUGUGUGUGUGUGUGAAUGUGAGUGUGUAUGUGAGUGUGAGUGUGUGAGUAAAGCAGUAGUGAGUUGAAAUGUGGAGUUCAUAACAGGCUGCGCUUGAAAUUUAAAAUGACUUCCUUGCAAGUUUGUGACCAGCAUCUCUCCAUGAAGUAUGGCAGUGUAAGCAAGCCGUGUGCCUGUAAGAAACCUCAAGGAGCUGUGAGCAGGGGCUGGGGGCCUCAGACAAAACACUAGACAUCAGGGAUUCUUACUGCUUCAGACACAACAGGAGGAAGAAGAUGCUUUUUGAAUAAAGACAGAAUGUUUGCAAGAAUAUUGAAAGAUCCCAAAGUCAGCUUUCAUGGUGAAUUGGUAGCUGGUUUUCCUGCCUGCGUUAGAAUUUCGUCAUCUCCAAUCAGAUGGUUGGGGAGGCUAAAUCAUAUCAUUUUUCCAGGUGAGAGACUGUUUGUCACAGAAACAGGCAGCUAGGAAAAAUUAUUUAUCCCCGCAGCGUCUGCUUGGAGAUUAAGAGUUCCAACUCAAGUCCAGAGUAUUCCAUGGCUAGUUGUUUCCCACUCCCUGCCUGAUGUCCACAGUCCUUUGUGGUUCUCAUACAUGAUGUAAAUACUCCUGGCACUGACCUGUAUAUACAGUGUUUAAUUAUGUUUAUUGUGAACAUAUGAUUGUACAUUGUGUUGCAAAUAUCUCCAAAUACCUUUCUAUGCACAAGAAAGAUGAUGUGAGGGAGGUUUGUGGACAGUAGCAUGUUUAGGGGAAAUAUUUAUCAUUUUCUGCCAAUCUAGCUAUGUUCAUUGGCAGGAAUCUCCUACUGAGGUUGAAGUUAUCAUUUGUUACUCCAUCUACAAAUUUUCCUCAGUUUGACUUGUCUUCUCCAUUCACUACUGUACAUCGAUUAAGGUGUGGAUAAUUCUGGAUAUACUCUAUGCAUGCAUUUUAAGACAUAGGCACCAGUACCUAAUUAUUAGUUGGAAAAAUGCCAAUGUGUUAGAAAUAUUCCAGUAUAAUACUGGAGACCAAAAGAUGUUGUUUCUUAACAGAAUCAUAUCAGGAAUGAUGUUAUGUUUAUAACAAACAAUGACUUUGCAGGAUAAUUUUUCGUUUCCCCACCAAUAAUCACACUUGAGAUUUCUUUGUUUUUGAUAUACUCAAUAUUGAGCAGGCAGUGUCAUUUCCGUUUGUGCAAAUAAAUAAUUUUACUUCUGGUCAUUGUUA